AUGACUUACAUAUCUAUCUCAUCCAGCAACUCCAAAGUCAAUGUUCAUUGCAAAGCCAGUGCACAACCUUUGACAAGUGACAGCACCGCAGCUUUCACAGCCCAGUUUGGCAAGAAUGAAACAACAAGAGUGGAAACAAUACACAGAAGAAAGUCAAGCCAAUCAACUGCACGAGGUCUUGAACUUGUGAUACAGUUACCAAUUGUCACAAGAUUAGUUCUUUGUUUGUUGGUUUUGAAAUCUUCCAAAGGUCGCAAAGGAGCAGAACUAUCUUCAAAGUACAUUACAUGCCAUCUGUUGUCUAGAGCUUUUCCAUUUGUUUUGCAGAUUCAGCGACCAAACAAACUGGUGUGUGAGCCAAUGUGCACCAUGUCAGUCACAGCUAGGAUGUCACCAGAAGCAAACAACAAGUGGAUCUUGGCAUAA